AUGUUAAGGAGACAAGCCCGUGAAAGAAGAGAAUAUUUGUACAGAAAAGCGCAAGAGUUACAAGAUUCUCAACUGCAACAAAAACGUCAAAUAAUUAAACAAGCGUUAGCUCAGGGAAAGCCAUUGCCCAAAGAACUGGCAGAAGACGAAACUUUACAAAAAGAUUUCAGAUAUGAUCAAAGUUUAAAAGAGGGCGAAGAGGCGGAUGAUCUACAAGUUGAUGAUGAAUAUGCUGCCACAAGUGGUAUAACUGAUCCAAGAAUUAUUGUCACGACAUCCCGUGACCCAAGUACUCGUCUCUCACAAUUUGCUAAGGAGAUCAAAUUGUUAUUUCCAAAUGCUGUUAGACUAAACAGGGGUAACUAUGUGAUGCCAAACCUUGUGGAUGCUUGUAAGAAAUCCGGUACCACGGAUUUAGUAGUAUUGCAUGAACAUAGGGGUGUCCCAACGUCUUUGACCAUAUCGCAUUUCCCACACGGACCCACUGCACAGUUUAGUUUACACAAUGUUGUUAUGAGGCAUGAUAUUAUAGAUGGUGGUAACCAAAGUGAAGUUAAUCCACAUCUGAUAUUUGAUAACUUCACCACCGAUUUGGGUAAAAGAGUCGAGUGUAUUUUAAAGCAUCUAUUCAAUGCGGGGCCCAAGAAGGAUUCCGAAAGAGUAAUUACCUUUGCAAAUAAGGGGGAUUUCAUUAGUGUCAGACAACACGUAUACGUGAGAACUAGAGACGGUGUAGAGGUUGCCGAAGUUGGGCCAAGAUUCGAAAUGAGGUUAUUUGAACUGAGGUUAGGAACUUUGGAAAAUAAGGACGCUGACGUUGAGUGGCAGUUAAGAAGGUUUAUAAGGACUGCUAAUAAGAAAGACUAUUUGUGA